CGGUAACACAGCUGUAACCUUUUGUAAAGUCAAAGCCGAGGAAGACUAGAAAAUAGAGGAACUCGCUAGUGCUGCUAUCCGUAUGAUGUUAUUGAUCACCAUGUCGGUGUAGAAGGACAACAAAACCCAGAAGAACCGUCCAGUCCCGAAACGGAGAGUUAAAGAUGGCGGGCGAGGAGGAGAGGGGGGUGGUUCGAGUCAAAGUGAAGAAAUGUGAUGGGGCGCUUCCUGUGGAGUUUCGCUCCUUUGCUGUUGAUCCUCAGAUAACAUCACUGGAGGUCCUGCAGCACAUACUUAUCAGAGCCUUUGAUUUGAACGGGAGGCGGAACUUUGGGAUCAGUUACCUGUCUCGAGACCGGAGUGGUGCUGAAAUAUAUUUGUCUCUGGUGUCUGACUGGGAUUUAGAUGUCGCCUUUGUCAGUGCAGCCAAACCAUAUCUACAGCUGAAGAUGGACAUAAAACCGUCAGAAGACAGUCCUGUAAUGGAGGACUGGGACAUCAUCAGCCCCAAAGAUGUGAUUGGCUCUGAGCAGCUUCUUGCAGAGAGGACCAGGUCUUUGGCAUCUGCAGCUCUUCCCUUCACCCAGUCAUUACUCACCCAGGUGGGCCGGACCCUGUCCAGAGUUCAGCAGGCCUUCAGUUGGUCUUACGGGGAGGAGAUCAAGCCUUUUAAGCCCCCCCUGAGCGAUGCCGAGUUUCAUAGUUACCUCAACGGACAGGGCCAGCUGACACGACCUGAGGAGCUGAGACUGCGGAUCUACCAUGGUGGCGUGGAGCCUUCACUGCGCAAGGUUGUUUGGCGGUAUCUCCUCAAUGUCUACCCUGAUGGACUGAGUGGACAGGAACGAAUGGACUACAUGAAGCGGAAGACGAGGGAGUACGACCAGCUGAAGAGAGAGUGGACAGCCCGGGCCAGCCACGAGGACCUUGAGUUUAUCCGUGGGAAUGUUCUCAAAGACGUCCUGAGGACGGACCGGGCCCACCCGUACUACGCUGGCUCAGAGGACAGUCCACAUUUGACUGCCCUCACAGAUCUGCUCACCACCUUCGCCAUCACACAUCCACAGAUAUCGUACUGUCAAGGCAUGAGUGACAUCGCCUCCCCUAUACUUGCAGUAAUGGACAAUGAGGCGCAUGCCUUCAUUUGCUUUUGUGGCAUCAUGAAACGUUUGGAGGGAAACUUCCGGCCAGACGGGCAGCUCAUGUCUAUUAAGUUCCAGCAUCUAAAGCUGCUUCUGCAGUACUCAGAUCCUGAAUUCUACUCCUAUCUGGUCUCCCGAGGAGCUGACGACCUCUUCUUCUGUUACCGCUGGCUGCUUCUGGAGCUCAAGCGAGAGUUUGCGUUUGAUGACGCUCUGAGGAUGCUGGAGGUCACUUGGAGCUCUCUGCCUCCAGAUCCUCCUGAAACCGAAGUGGAACUUCUGGGACCACCACUAGAGUCAGAUGAAACAAUGGUACAACGCACAGACAAGGACAAGACAGCUGAGAACUGCCUUGGAGAUGAUCAGGAACAAAAAGAGAAGCAGCGGAGACGACAUAUGCUGAGACCUUCGAGAGAAGAACCAGAUAUAAGCAGGAACGCUGUCACAGAAGAAAAAGACGGGCAGAACGUCGGCGCUGGAAAGGAAAGCGAGGUUGCUGAUAGUGACAUUCCUCAAACGACCGUGGAAAAAGCAGAUUUGCAGGCUCCUCCUUUUGAGAGGCAAACUAGUUUUGGAGAGUUUAAAUACUAUACUGCCCGAAAUGAAGACAGCUUUGACAUGGAGCAGCCACGGGGUUUGGUGACUUCCAAGUCAGUAUCAAGCAUCCCAAGGCGCCAGUCCACAGUGGACAGCGAGGAGGACCCAGGAGAGAGAACACCUCUCAUAAAAAACUGUGAAAAUGGUUUCUCUCCAAUGUCAUCACCUUCCCUCCUCCCCAAUGGCCUUCCAGUGUGGAAAACUGGCUCCUCUACAUCUUCAGCUUCACCUUCCAGCUGGCCAGGUGCUUCUCCAGACUCUCCUCCAAAAUCCACAUCCUCAUCCACAACCAAUGGAAGAGAGGCCUUACCGAGAACUGUCCCAGAAGUACUGUCCUCCUCUGCCCAAGUGCUCAGCAGUACCGGGAUCAACUCGCCCAUGACCCCCACUGUAAAAACAUCUGUUGCAUCUCCCUCCCCCACUCAGAACCGAUCCCUACUCUCCUCGCCCAUUCUGUCUUUUGGAAGAGGCCCCUCGUUGCCAGGCAGCAGGUCGUCCUCCAACAAUCUCUCUUCACCUGGCAACAAAUCCCCCAUCACCACAGCUAACACGCCCAGUUCUACAAAAGCUGAGACCACCAGCAUCAAACCGUGCUCCCUGCCACCUCCUCAAGAGUUCGGCAAAGGCAAUCCCUUUAUGCUGUUCCUGUGCCUGUCCAUCCUGCUGGAGCACCGAGACCACAUCAUCAAGAACAGCCUGGAUUACAAUGAGUUAGCGAUGCACUUUGAUCGCCUUGUGCGGCGCCACAACCUGAGCAGGGUGCUACAACGAGCCAAGGCCUUAUUUGCAGACUACUUGCAAAGUGAAGUAUGGGACUCAGAAGAAGGGGACGAGGUCAGCUCAGACUCCCCAACAACAGCUUCAGUUGUCCUACACUCCCCUUCUUCAACCAUCUCUGCCCGACCCAUAUACAGCCCUUUAGCAUUGCCUCAGACAUCAUCUCCAAACUCAACCUAUAACCUCGCUACCACCAUUUCCUCCCCAACAGCUCAAGUUCCCCUUUCUCCCACAUCCUGAUUCCAUCUUGUAUUACUGGCUUCCCCUCCUCAGUGAACUUGUCAGUAGACGGUUUGUGGCCCAUCGGAGGCGUGGAUGUUUUUUAGACAGCCUCCUGCAUUGAAUCGGCUGUUAAUCUUCUCAUUCUGUGUAUGCUUGAAUACAUAAAUUCUUUAUGCCAGUAGUCAACUUCAUAUUUAAUUUUUUUCUUCAACCUUUUAAAGUUAUGCCUUUUUGUUGUCUGUACUUUUGUCUGUACUCGAAGAGAUGAAAGAACUGCUGAUGCAUGAAAUGCUAAACCCUGUGCUGCAGGUGUUUUUGCUGGAACCAACAAAAAUUUAGCCACUUAGUGCAUUAA